AUGGCAAGUUUCAGCUUUUUUGGAAUCAAAUUACGCCCACACUGGGCGAAAAACUCUGAUAUUAUACUAGGCAACACUGGAGACUUGGCCCAAGGGAAAGAAUACAACAUCAGCAUUGUCCUAGUGAUUCGGCCGGAGUUCAAAGGCUUCCUGACCAAAGGAAAAGGCGAUCAGGGCCGUUCCCACCGCUCAUCUCUGGCUCCGAUCUGGCCACAAGACGUCGGAAGAGGCGGAUGUGUACGACGAAGGGGAAGAUUAUCCAGAAGACCUACAUGAAGAUGAAUGUAAUGACGAGCAAGAUUAUGAAGAGCAUGAUGAAGAGGACUACUAG